AUGUUCAAUGAUAUUCAAAGGCAUGUUCAACAAUGUCCUAAUUGUGCAGUCAACAAACAUUCACGGAGGAAACCUGAUAGUGCUUUAAAACCAUUACCACCACCACGAGGGGUAUGGGUAACAUUAGCUACGGAUUUUCUUACAAUAACACCAUCCUCAAAAACUGGAAAUAAAUAUGUGAUUAUCAUUACUGAUUUAUUGUCAAAAUUUGUGAUUGCCAAACCAACUCGUGAUGAAACAUCAAUCACUGCUGCUAAAUUUUUUGUUGAAGAAGUUAUUCUUAAAUAUGGGGCACCUAUUCAACGAUGUACAGUUGUCAAAAGCGGUUUCAGCAUAUAA